GCUUCUCGGCGCUUUCUUCUUUCCUCACUUGUCAUGGUUGCUGCGGUCGAACGGAGAAGGAUUUUCGCGCUGUUGUGGGAGUACAAAUAAUAUCCGGUGUUGGGGAGCAGUUUUCUACUCAAACGAAACGUGGAGGUGGUGUAAUUGUAAGCAAGGAGAAACAAAAGUCUUCGACCGCCAGGCGUUUUUUUGGAGUGGGAGAGCUGCAGCGUCCGUGAAAUUCCUCGUGACGCAUAGCAACACAGCGAGCGAUAACUUUACUCAACCAUACCGAGCUCAACACACAAAGCGCAAGCAUGAAAAUCUGGACAUCAGAACACGUCUUUAACCAUCCGUGGGAGACCGUAGCACAAGCCGCCUGGCGCAAAUACCCCAACCCCAUCAACACAGCCGUCAUUGGCACCGAUGUGGUGGAACGAAGGGUCGUCGACGGUGUCCUGCACACGCACCGGCUGGUCAGCUCCAAAUGGUAUUUCCCACAGUGGGCGCAGAAGCUCAUUGGUUCACCGAACGUUUGCUACGCGAGCGAAAAGUCGACCGUUGAUCCGAAGGAACGGUUGAUGACGCUGAAAACGAUCAACCUCACCUUUGGCAGCUUUCUUUCAGUGUACGAAACGCUCAGCUACGUUCCACAUCCGACCGAUCCGUCGAAAACGCUACUAAAGCAGGAAGCCACGGUACAGGUCGAGGGCGUCCCACUGAACCGGUACAUGGAGGAUGUGUUGACGAAAAACAUUAGCACCAAUGCGGGCAAGGGACGCCAGGGGUUGGAAUGGGUAAUAGGAAAGCUGAAUGCUGAGAUGAAAGAACUGGCCAACAGUGCGGCAAACAGUACGAACGAAAUUUUGACACAGACCAAAAAAUCGCUGGACGACAUCACGGACCAGGCCCGGAAGAGCAUGGACGAACUGAGUGCCACCGCUCAAAAGAUACACAUAUAGUAACAAACGCUGCAAGGCGGCGGCCGCUGCAACAUCCAUGGCCAGUAGUGGCGAUCCGGGGAAGGGUGAAUCCCCCGGAAGGGGCGUUGGGACGGCAACAACGGCACCGACGGACGGUGGCAAAUCGGAUGCUGGUGCACCGAUCCAUACGGGAUCAUCAUCGUUUUUUGGGCGCCAAAACCCGCAAAACACAGGAAACAGUUCCUUUACCGUUCCUUCUGCAGCCGCCAGCAAAGCAAAACCGGCUGCUGCCAACAGUAGUAAUCCAAAAAACAGCAACACACAGGCGUCACCGGGCUGGACGAUGCACGAGACGCCAACAAACAAACGCAUCGUUCCGCCGGGCGAAAGAGAAAAGACAUACGGUACGGAUCGUGCCGCUGAAGCAAAACGAUCGCCGACGGGAGAUGGAAGAAAGUCAGCAACAGGUGCUUGUGCGUCCAGUGCCUCAAUCAAAGAGCAGCCACAAUCCAGUCGGUCUUCUCCAUCAGCUGCUGCUGCUGCUUCGUCUAACAAAGGCGAUGCCAGUUGAUUGUUGGCAUUGUUUGUUUUUUCCCCCCAUUUGGGAAGGAAAUUGAAAAUCCUGAUGGAGGCUCUGGCAUUUAAGCGUUGCUUUCCGUACUUUUUUUGUUGCUUUCUCUUGUGCAGGGGCGUUGUUCCAUUUAGUUAAUUCCCUUCUCCAGGGGCAUUCGAACGUUUUGCUCGCACACUCCAUGAUAGAUUCCUAUGCUUCGUCUUCUAUCCAUGUCUCUUAGUCACUCUCUCUCUCUGUACACCCUUUCAAACACUUCAGCGUUUUAUCCCGCUUCCGUUUUCCCAUUGUUUCCCUCCCGCUUUUUUCCCAUUCAGUAUGCCAUUUGUUUGUAUUAGUAAUUUAUACGCAAAUACUGGUGAUAAAAUAGUGUGUAACGUACGAAAAGAGCACGUUUUCGCAGAGAAAAGAAAUGAAUUGUAAACAAACAGAAAAAAAAACAAAAAUGGAAAUUAGUUAAAUGAAAAGUAAUACCAAUGAAAGAAAGUAGUAAAGAGCAUGUAAAGAGAGGGCGAUCAUGAUUAUUAUAGGAGUAGAGAAACGAUUAUUUUUCCGUAUACAAUUUAAAGGAUAGACGGCCGGUUCUGCCUUUGCCGGGUGUGGGCAUGGUCCCGGAAUUGUUCUUGAUGCUUGUAAAUAUAGCUACUGCGCAAAUUAUUAUUUUUAUCGAGCAAACUAUUUUGUAUGUUGCUAACACAAUCUCUAAGCUACUUAGUGAUUAGAGUUGAGAAUGUGCACGUGACCGUAGGCGUGCCCGAAGUGAGUGUUAAAGGUUUUUUUUAAAUCGCGCGAUCACACGACGAUAGAUCAAGUUAAGUAGUGCAAAUUUUACUCGUUUUCUUCCUUCCAUUGUGCUGAUGCUUUAAGUUGUAAUAUAAUUAGGAAUGUUUGCAAACGAAUGAACGCUGUGGAAGGACAAGAGUAGCAGAACCGAAUUGUUAAUAUGUGGCCGCAGCUUGGGAACAUUGUAAAAUGUACUGAAAAGAAUUGUUAUUCGAAAUAGAUUUUAAAAUCGUAUCUCUGUUCGGCGUUUUGUAUGAGGCAUAUGACAACAAUGUAAAAACAAUGCUAUUUAAGGAGUCGCAAUCACACAUUUUGAUUUCAGAAGUGAUGCUAAAGCAUCGAAUCAUAAAACAAAACAGCAACAACUAGAGUAGAGCAAACGUAGAGUUGUAUUAACAAAGGAAGUCAAAAACGGACAGAACAAAUCAUUUAUAUGUGUGUGCGUGUGUAAAUAAUCCGAUCGGAUCGACAAAGAUCGGAUUAACCUUCAAUCAAGAUGUUCUCAACUAACCGUGGUUGAAGAAACGACCGGGACAUGGUGUAAUUAUGUUAAAUCAUUUGGUUUUCUCAAAGAAACACCUUUGCAAAUAUAAUUGACAAUUGAUAGCUGAUAUUUUCGAUAAUCAAACGAUUUGCAGCUAGCGAUAAAGUUUAUUAAACAAAUAAAUAAAACAAUUAAUCGAA